AAAAAAUGGUUGAAACGGCAACACUACAACUCUAAUUCUGAUAAGAGUGCCGGAACGUCAACCUUUAGCUGGGAUCAAAAACGUCGCCCAAGAUGACGGCCCUUCGCUACAUGGGAUGGCUAACGGGCUGCUCCGUUUUCACGGCCUUCGUGUCCAUUAUUUGGCAGGCGUUCCUCUCACUCCAGGCACUCAACAGGACGACGGUCCUGCUCACCGGUCUGCUGGCCAUUGAAGGAUCCUUGAAACGCUCUGCCGUUCAGCCGGCGCCAAAGGUGGCCAUUGGUUAUGGUGCCUGCACUGACCUGCAGAUAAACGCCACCGAAUUCCUGGGGCGUUACUAUGCCCGUCGCAUUCCGGCAACCACCACCGGCUCCCGGCAGAUUGUCAACAGCGAGGACGAGUUGCUGCAAUCCUUUGCCUACUAUUUUCAGAAUGGAGCUGCUGCGGAAAGGGUCAUGGCAAAUGGGACGCUCUUCAAGCAACUCGUGGGCUAUGCAAAGCUUAUGGGCAAGGACACUAGUGGCAUCCAGUGGUACAUGGGCGGCAACGCACCGCUAAUGGCCGUGCGCUUCUUUAUGGAAGGAGCCGAUGUCCUGCUAGGAGCCCACAUGUCCAAGAAAUUGCGUCCUCUAUUGCCCAAGGAGAUUAGGCUGGCGGGUGACGAGAUCCCAGACGAUGAUAUACAUCUGAUUUUAGAGUACAAGGCGGGCGACACCUGGGGCUCUUAUGUAGCGCCUCGGGCCAAUCGCUAUAUCCUGCACAACGACCGAAACAAUCCGCAUCUUAGAGCCCUGGAGCAGCUAACAGACGCCCUGAAAGUCUAUCAUCCGCAGUUGCUAGUGGUCAGCGGGCUGCAAAUGAUGGACAUGUUCACAUUUAAUCCCGGUGAACGGGAGGCGCGUCUACAGCAAGUACAAAGGCAGCUAACCAGCCAGCCUCGGGACACUCUUAACCACUUUGAGAUGGCCUCCUAUGUGGAGCUUCAGCUGCUGCAGCAACUGCGACACUUUGUCCUGCCCUACGUGGACUCCUUGGGCAUGAACGAGCAGGAGCUGGCCAAUCUGCAGCAGGUGCUGGCCCACGGACGCACUACGCUGGCCACCGAUUGGAAUCCGCGCAUUGCCCACACCCUUGACCAGAUGCGCGAGGUAUUCAUCAGUCUGCUGGAGGACUUUGGCGAUCAUAGUACCCAUGAUACCAAAAGGCGACGCAUAUCGCGGAUCCAUGUGCAUACACUGGCUUACCAGGCCAUACUCACCACAGCCGGUUCCCAGUGGAAGAAUACCCAGGCAGCGGCGGCCAAGGCGGCGCUCACCGCUCAUCGCUACGUCUGCAAGUCGCAGUUUAUCAAUCCGGAGGCAGUGCUGCAAGUCUUGGAUGACAGCUUUGCCACCUCGGCACAGGAGGAUGCCCCUCGCAUGAGAAUAGGCGCUGCCAGUCCAGUGCCAUGCUGGCGGGAAUACAUCGAGUACGGCCGCCAGCGUCAGCGUCUGGAGGUUGAAAUCUGUGUGGCGCCCGUGCUGGUGUGCCGGGAGGCCAGAAAGACGGCCGGGGCAGGCGACAACAUCUCCGCCUCCGGGCUGGCGGCUCAAUUGUAGAGGCAAGACAAAGACUGCUUAGUAUUACUAGAAACCUUGCUGCAAUCCAAGACUCGAAUAGAAGGCCAGGAUGUAACCCCCAAGCAUCCCCAAACCACCCCGCAGGAUGGACUCGGCAUUCUUAGCACCUUAGUGACCUUAGAAACGCGUUACCUUCGAACUCAGAAAUUUGACGAAAUGCUCAACAACGAUACACCCGUGACAUAUCCAGAUGAGUUUCUGCCCUGAUCCACUCAUCGUCAUCAACAUAUUAUUCCAAGAUAUUAUUCCUAAUGCGCAAGCAUCGAAAUUCAGAAACGAAUGCCACCUAGUCCUACUUUAAUCACGAUUAUUCAUAUAUUUUUUAUUUUAUUGUGAGAAUUGUGAAUUUAUGUCUCGUUCUAUGUUUUUUAUUACAAAAUCUAAAGCAAUACUGCAUUCGAAAACCUA